AUGCCCGCCUGGCUCGCCCUUCCUCUCGCCCUCCAGGUCCUGGCUGCGCUGGUCGCAGCCCAUCCGGGCCACCACGCCGUCUACCCGGCACACCAGAAGCGCGACAGCUGUGGAGCGGUAUCGUCGUCGUCUAGCACGGCUGCCGCGUCCUCGACGUCGGUGUCGUCCACCACGAUCAUCACGUCGUCCACCUCCACGACCAAGGCUUCCACCUCGAGCACUUCGACGACAACGUCCGCACAGACGUCGACGUCCUCGUCGACGUCAGGAUCCACGCUCGGUGCCCUGGCGGCGGCGGCCGGCAAGGAGUACUUUGGUACCGAAAUCUCGUCCUACUACAUGGCCAACACCCAGUUCAGCUCCAUCACCAACACCCAGUUCACGCAGCUCACCCCGGAGAAUGAGAUGAAAUGGGACACCAUUCACCCGUCCCAGAACACCUACAACUGGACGGGCACUGACCUGAUCAUGGCCACGGCCCAGGCGCACAACCAGAAGUUCAGGGGACACAACUUCUGCUGGUCGAGCCAGACUCCCAGCUGGGUCACCAGCAUCACCGACGCCACCACACUCAAGUCGGUCCUCGAGGCGCACAUCACCGCCGUCAUGGGUCGCUACGGCGGCAGCAUGUACGCCAUGGACGUGGUCAACGAGCCCCUGCUCGACGACGGCACCUGGCGCUCGUCGGUCUGGUACAACGUCCUGGGCGAGGACUACAUCGCCCUUGCGCUCCAGUACGCGCACGCCGCCGCGCCCGACGUCAAGCUGUACAUCAACGACUACAACCUCGAGGGCGUGAACGCAAAGUCCAAGGCGCUGCUGGCCAUUGCCAAGAAGCUCCUCGCCGCCGGCGCACCCCUGCACGGUAUCGGCUUUGAGGCGCACUUUAUCGGCGGCAGCGUGCCCACCGACCUCGCGGCCAGCAUGGCCCAGUUCACCGACCUGGGCCUCCAGGUCGCCAUCACCGAGCUCGACGUCCGCAUCCCCGUCGACUCGAGCGGCGUCGCCACCGCCGCCAACCUGGCUCAGCAGGCCAAGGACUAUGCCUAUGUCACCAACGUCUGCCUGGCCAACAGCCUCUGCCCCGGUAUCACCGUCUGGGGCUUUUACGACCCGGACUCGUGGGUGCCCUCCACUUUUGCGGGCUACGGCGCCGCCGACCUCUACGACUCGACCUUCACCGCCAAGCCUGCGCUUGCGUCGACGCUCGCGGCCCUGGCGGCUGCUUAA